AUGGAUGUUUUUUAUGUUGAUUUUCAUCAUGGAGGACUAUUGGACGAUACAGGUAGAUAUGUAGGAGGGAUAGUGUCAAACUGGAAGUGUGAUGGUAACAGAGAGUGUUAUUUUGAAAUUUUAAGUGUUGUUAAAGAAAUGAGGUAUUCUGGGGUACUUGAAAUGUGGUAUGAUUUUGCUGGUACUUUAAAGGAACUAAUUAUUAAUGACUUUGGUGCAAUAGAACUACUAAAUUGGUCCAAGACUCAUGGUAAGGUAGACGUAUACAUAGUUCACCAUAUUUCCCAACUUGAUGUAGUAGAUGCAGUUGAUGUCAAACCUUUAUUAACUUAUGUCCAACCCACUGUAGUAGAUGAGAUACCUAAAACUGACAUACCUAAUGUAGUAGAUGACAUACCUGCAGCUAACAUAGCUGAUGUAAUGGAUGAGAUACCUGAAGCUGACAUAGCUGAGGGCCAACAUGACAUACCUAAAAAUGACAUAGGGAUAGGACAACAUGACACAAUGAGUGAGAUAUCUGACAUUGAGUCACAACCUAAGAUACGUGUUGAUAGUGACCAUGAUGAACAAAGUGAUGAUAGUGCAUUAGGGUGCAUAUUUGAUGACUCGGAUGAUGAGGUAUUAAAUGAUGGAAUUAAUGAGGUUUUGGUAGGAGUAGGAGGAUUUGUUGAUGGGGAGAAUGAUCAAGUGGUGGAUGAGGCAAGUAAAGGAAAUAAAGGUAAGGGUGGUAGACCUAAGAAAAAAAGGCCAAGGGAAGUUCCAAUAGGAAAAAUGGAAGACCUUGCAAACAAAGGGUUGAAGAAGCCAUGUCUGUUGAAAAUGAACAAACUAGUGAUGAAGAUACAAUUGAUUUUGGUUUUAUUAAAAAUGAUUAGAGGAAAAAUGGUAGAUAGGGGCCUGUCAGAUUCAGAUUAUAAAUCUGAAGAGUUGGAGAUUGAUGAGGAUUCAAGUGGUGACUACUUAGAUGAAGGAACUAAAGAAAAUUUUUCAUCAUUUGUGAUGCCUAAUAAAUUUCUGGACUAUAAGUGGGUUUUAGGUAUCAUGUUCUCACCAAAGGAGGAGUUUAAAGAAGCAAUAACAAACUAUGAUGUUCAUAAUGGUAGAGAUUUACCCUUUAUAAAGAAUGAUAAGAUAGGGGUUAAAAUGGGAUGCAAGGAAGGGUGUGAAUGGGUUGCAUUAUGUUCCAAAUUGCCAAAUGAGGAUACAUGGCAACAUGAGAAAAUUGAUUGA